AUGAACGAGCAGGUAAGUAUGGAGAAGGAUGGAGGAGUAAGCCAGGAUUUCCAUUAUUCAGUGCUAAACACAAGAAACAAUGUGACAGAAUUCAUUCUUUUGGGAAUUACCAAGAAUCAAGAGAUAAGGAAACUAUUUUCUGCAUUGUUUCUAAUCAUUUACAUGGCCACAGUGCUGGGAAAUGUACUCAUUGUAAUAACUAUAACUAGAAGCCACAGUCUGAGGUCCCCCAUGUAUUCCUUCCUCACUUCUCUGUCUCUCAUAGAUGUCACGUAUUCAUCUGUCACUACUCCCAAGUUGAUUGUGGAUGGCCUUUCUGACAGAACAACUAUCUCCUUUGAAGGCUGCAUGACUCAGCUCUUUGCAGACCAUUUCUUAGGUGGUGCAGGGAUCAUCCUUCUCAUUGUGAUGGCCUAUGAUCGUUAUGUGGCCAUCUGUAAACCUCUGCAUUACAUGACUAUCAUGACUCCUCGAGUGUGCUGCUUGAUGAUGGGAGGUGCUUGGGUAGGAGGAUCCAUGCAUGCAACCAUUCAGCUUCUCUUUAUGUAUCAAAUUCCAUUCUGUGGCCCCAAUAUCAUUGACCAUUUUAUGUGUGACUUGUUCCCAUUGUUGCAAUUAGCCUGCAUGGACACACAUAUCCUGGGUCUCUUAGUCAUUCUUAACAGUGGGGUAAUGUGUUUGACCAUAUUCUUUAUGCUCAUGACUUCAUAUGUGGUCAUCCUGUGCUCUCUGAAGUCUUGCAGCUCUGAAGGAAGGCACAAAGCCCUCUCCACGUGUAGUUCUCACUUCACAGUGGUGGUGUUUUUUGUACCUUGCAUCUUCUUGUACAUGAGGCCUGUGGUCACUUACACCAUUGAUAAAGCAAUGGCUGUGUCUGCUAUCAUUGUUGAGCCAAUGUUGAAUCCUUUGAUCUACACCUUAAGGAAUGCGGAGGUGAAAAAUGAGCUGAGGAAAUUAAUUGUUGAGGUUGAGAUGGACCAGACAGAAUUCUAA